AUGGCUCCGUCCGUCCCUGAAAUCGCGGAAACUGCGCAACAGCCGCCGAACAUCCAGGUCACGAACCUGCAGUUCACGUAUCCCGGAAUCGACGGCCAGCCGCCUCCCGGCGCCAAGCCGCUGAUCGACGGCUUCUCCCUCUCGCUGCACCCCGGCGAUCGCUGCCUUCUUGUCGGCGCGAACGGAGCAGGCAAGACCACCAUUCUCAAGAUCCUGGGCGGCAAGCACAUGGUCGAUCCCUCAAUGGUUCGCGUCCUGGGCCGCUCAGCCUUCCACGAUACCGGGCUAGAGGCGUCUGGCGCUCUCACGUACCUUGGUGGCGAGUGGCGCAGGGAUGUAGCGUUCGCGGGCUUUGACGUGCCGCUACAGAUGGACAUAUCAGCCAGGAAGAUGAUAUUCGGUGCUGCUACAGACGCUGCCAGGAGGGACCAGCUGAUCAAGGUGUUGGAUAUCGACCUGGAAUGGCGGAUGCAUAAGGUGUCAGACGGGCAGAGGAGACGCGUGCAAAUCGCCAUGGGGUUGCUGAAGCCGUUCAAGGUCCUUCUCUUGGACGAGAUAACAGUGGAUCUGGACGUGUUGGGCCGAGCUGACCUGAUGACUUUUCUGAGGGAGGAGUGCGAGCAGAGGGGCGCGACGAUCGUGUAUGCCACACACAUUUUCGACGGGCUACAGACGUGGCCGACUCACAUUGCAUACGUGGCAAAGGGCAGGCUGCAAUUCACCAAGCAGCUGACAGAAUUCCCGGAAUUGGCCUCCACCACUCUUAUGCGAAUGAUCGAAGCAUGGCUUCGACAGGAGCAGAAGGAGGAGAGGGAGAGGAGGAAAGCACGGAAAGCCUUGGGAUUACCUGAAAGGGAGGAGCUGGGAGGAGGGGAGGGGACACGGGUAGUAGGAGAUCCUGCCAAGAAGGCUGCUUCAAGGGUGAUGAAUAACGGAUGGGGGCAAGGCAGGAUGUUUCCGACGGUGAAACUGUCAGACGAAGACGCUGCUAAGCUGUUUGACCUGACCUCCAAUAGAGUGCUGCGGAUGUAA